AUGUUCAAGAACAUGACUAAACUUUGCAUAGCACUGGCUAUUAGUGCUAGUGUCUGUGCAGAGGCGUCAACCGGCUCCGAACCUCUUGUCGCUUUUGCCGGUGAUAUUGCUGCUAUCCCGGGAUGGUACCUCCAAUCAACGACAAAAGUAUCAGAAGAGAUACAUGUACUCUCUGCACCGGGAGAAGAUGUGUCGUCAUGGUAUCGAGUUGGUGCUCGUGGCACUGUCAUGGCUGGGCUUAUUGAGAACGGAGUAUACAACGAGACAGACUUGUUCUACUCGGACAAUAUGGAAUCUAUCGCUGAUCCCUCCCUGUUCGAUGCACCCUGGCUUUAUCGAGAAGAGUUUACGUUGAACCCAUCCAUCGGCCAAUAUUUCACCCUAAAAACACACGGAAUCACCUCCAAGGCAGACAUCUACCUGAACGGGGAGCUCAUUGCAUCAAGCGACCAGCAGCAAGGCUCCUAUGGCGGCCACCAGUACAACGUGACCGAGCACGUUAGGGAAGGAGUCAAUUGUCUUCUCAUUCGUGUGUUCCCAACCAACUAUCUUCGCGAUUUUGCCCAGGGGUUUGUGGACUGGAAUCCCUACCCAGCCGACAAUGGCACCGGUGUUUGGCGAAAUGUAGAGGUUUCUCAGACUGGAGCCGUCUCGAUGUCGCCAUUCCGCAUCCUCACUGAUUUUUCUCUACCCAACUCUGGGCCGGUGAAGGUCACCUUUAGAACUGACUUGACCAACCAUGAAUUGAGUGGUCACCAGGUACUGGUCAACGGCACUGUCAAAGGACCAGAUGGCUCCGCAGAUAUGGAAUUUAGCGAGGCAUUUGACUUGAAGUCAAACGAACAAAAAACGGUGUCUAUGAGCGUUUCAAUUGAGAACCCUGAUAUUUGGUGGCCUGCUCUUUGGGGCGAGCAGCCUUUAUAUACAGUACAGGCCAGCGCCAUCAUCCAGAAACCUCAGCAGUUGGUUUCCGAUAGUUCAAUUCGCCAACAAUUUGGGAUUCGCCAUGUAUCAUCGAAGUUGAACAAGUCCAAUGAUACCGAAUUCGCUGUCAAUGGCGAGCCCUUCCAGGUCAUCGGAGCCGGAUAUGGACCAGAUAUCUUUUUACGAUUCGAUAUUGACAGGGUACAGAAGAUUUUCGCCUACAUGCUGGACAUGGGACUCAAUACUGUGCGCCUGGAAGGAAAUCAGGAGCACCCGGAACUUUAUGAUCUCGCAGAUAAAAUGGGCAUGAUGGUCCUAGCGGGAUGGGAAUGUUGUGAUAAAUGGGAAGGGUGGAAGUACAAUAACGAUGCCAAAGGCGUCAAGUGGGACAAGUCAGACUACCCAGUUGCGGAAGCAGCAAUGCUGCACGAGGCAGAGAUGAUGCAAAGCCAUGCUUCGAUGCUUGGAUUUUUGGUGGGCUCAGACUAUUGGCCAGAUGAUCAGGCCACCGGGAUUUACCUAGAUGCCCUCAAAGCCAUGGAUUGGCCCAACCCAAUCAUUGCAUCAGCCAGCAAACGUGGAUACCCCGAAGCUCUUGGACCAUCCGGAAUGAAGAUGGACGGCCCGUACGAUUGGGUACCUCCAAAUUACUGGUACAACGACAAAGAAGGAGCGGCGUCUGGCUUUGGAUCUGAAUUGGGUGCCGGAGUUGGAACUCCCGAAAUGCGCAGCCUGAAAAAGUUCAUGUCUGAUGACGAGCUAGAAACACUUUGGAAAGAACCAGAUGCAGACCAAUAUCAUAUGUCGCGCUAUGAUUCGCAAUUUUACGAUCGGAGGAUCUACAACGAGGCUCUCUUUGCCCGCUACGGAAAACCAUCAAGCCUGGAAGACUACAUCCUGAAAAGUCAGAUGGCGGAUUAUGAGGCCACCCGAUCCCAGUUUGAAGCAUAUGCAACCCAGCAAAAUGCUACCCGACCUGCCACGGGCGUUAUAUAUUGGAUGUUGAACAGUGCCUGGCCAAAUCUACAUUGGCAGUUGUUUGAUUAUUAUCUCAGCCCUAUGGCGGCCUACUUUGGCACCAAGGUUGGAGCGCGUAUGGAACACGUGGCUUAUGAUUAUGAGAGCCAUAAAAUUUGGUUGAUUAACCACUCUCUUGAAAAGGAGGGAAAUCGACAAAUCAAGGUAGACUUCAUUGAUUCAAAUGGCAAAGAACUAUCCCGGGCCACAGUGGAGAGCAACACGAGCCCCCAUUCUUCAAAGGUGGUGGCUUCGCUUGACGGAAUUAAAAAAGUCAAAGAUAUUGGCUUCCUCCGUCUCACGCUCAGUGAUCCCGAAUCUGAAGAUGUCCUUAGUCGCAAUGUUUACUGGCUCUCUCCUACCACGGAUGUCUUGGACUGGUCAGAGUCGGAUUGGUACACCACACCAGUUACCAAAUUUGCCAAAUAUACCAAGCUGGAGACACUGAAACCGGCUACUUUGAAGGCAUCAUUACACAGCCUAGAAUCAUCAGCAGACGAUGGUUUGACUCAUGCUGAGGUCGUGCUUGAAAACAAGUCUGCAGGACCAGCUGUUUUCAUUCGUCUGAAUGCUUUCGAUGAACUCAAAGGCGCUGAAAUUGCACCGCUUUAUUGGUCUGAUAAUUAUGUGACACUUUGGCCGAAAGAACAACUGCAGUUGACUGUUGCAUUUGAAGGAGAUAUCCAACAUACUGUGAUCGAAAUUACAGGAAGAAAUGUGGAGAAAGUGACACUCAAGGUUUAG